AUGGUAAAAGUCAGCCAGCGCUAUAUCGAUGACCUCAUUGCCGAAAACCAACGGUUGAAGAGCAACAGCGGCAUUGGAAGUCAACCUCGGGCAGCCAAUCUGCUCCCAGAUCUCGCAGUCGUUGCCCCGGUAAAGGAGACAACAGACAAUAAUGCAACUGCCAUCCCAGCGCCAUCGCUUGAUGAGCGACCAUGGUUCUUCGACAUGAAUAUUCCGCACACGCCAAUCCUCAUCGGCGAGGCCUCAGACGCUGCAUUCGCGACCCGCUUCCGCCAAGCAAUCUCAUCAGCCGAGAGUAGUCACAUCCCGCGGGUGAACUAUGCCACAGAUGAGAGGCUGCUCGCUCUGUCUGAUACAGACUGCCCUUGGCCUAGUCCGGCAAGAGCACGUUUUCUCGUCGGGGUUGCCCUGAGAUAUGUCAGCCGCUGCUACCAUAUUAUUCGCAAGAGCUCAAUUUUGGAUGCCUUGGAACAGACACUCCAGAACCCUGCUGAAAGCGAUUCACUUCUCAAGAGUAAGCUGUGGGCAAUGUUUGCUAUCGGCGCCAUGUACUCGACCCGGUCUGCCACGUCGGAAAAGCACUUCCCUGGCAUGGGGUACUUUGCACGGGCAACUCGCAUCCUUCGCAUCGUGAGCGAACGACCGAGGAUCGAUGUUGUCGAGUUGAGAUUAUUGCUAUCUUUCUACUCUCUUGCACUGAACCGGCGACAUACCGCCUACACCUUUGCCGGCUCCGCGACCAGGCUUGCUGUUGUCAUGGGCCUUCAUCUCAACGUUCCUGAGACGCAACUCAGAGAUGCGGCCGCCCGAGAGCACAGGGUUAGAGUUUGGUGGACAGCAUACAUCUUUGACAGGAUGUGGGCAGCCAAGCUAAGCCACCCAGUUGCCGUCCAAGACAUCGAUAUUGAAGUGAAUCUGCCGUCGAAUCCAGUUGUCGACGAUAACAUAGCGGAUGACUUUGCCGAUGCAUCAUAUUUCGUUGCUAGUGUAAAGCUUGCUGGCUUAUUGGGAAAGGUGGUGCCAUCCAUCUAUCGAAGAAGGCUACAAGAUACCUCCUUAUCCCACAGAGUCCAAGAGGCGUUGAAAGAUCUUCGUGGGUGGUCUGCAGAGCUACCGCCGGAGCUUCACAUUGACUCGAAGCCUACAUCGGAACGAAUGCCAAAGCCCAUCUCGCUACAUCUUAACUUUAACCAGGCAAAAUGCUGGAUCGAUGGGUCAUUUGCAACGUUUGACUACUUCUACACGCAGUAUCUCUUCUCGGCUGCCACCAUCCUCGCUGCAUCUAGCCUUCUGAGCGGCAAAGAGAGUCACAAUGACAGAGAACAAUUUGAAGAAGCAGCUCAGUUCUUGUCUCAGCUGAAGGAUAAUGGCAACUAUGCAGCUGAAGAGUUCUGCCAUCACAUCGACGCUAUGAAGCCCACAAUGGCCGCAGCUCAUGUACGCCGCGGCGAUUUUGCCGUGGCGGGAGAUUCGACGGCUUUGCUGAACGACACAACUGCCGCUUUUACGGACACUGCAGUCAACCUCAACCAACCUUUUGCGGAGCAAAACACGACCGCCGGUAUGGCGCUCAACGAACCAUCUUUGCAGGAGCUACUGGCGCAGCCACUGCUCGACUUGCAGUUCAUAGAUGCGUCGAUCUACAAUGAUGGGGCUCAGGGGCUUUACUGGCCAGACUUCAGCCCGGAAUCAUGGACGCCCGAGACGUGGACAGCAACUUGA